AUGCCGGGGCCUGGCAGCUCCCUGGCAGCCCCGGAGCUUCAUUUACACAAUAACGGACUCCGGGCUCGCACGGACGCCCGGUCCCAAGUGCGUGCUUCGUUUUUUAGGAAUGGGCGCUUCCUCUCACUGUGGAGACGCUCUCCUGGUCUGCGUCCUGACUCUUCUUUGGAUCAGAGCUUAAGGAUCACUGUUGGUAAUGACCAUUUCUGUGUUAGCACACCAGAACAGCGACGACUUAGUGAUCGACUGGGAUCACCAGUGGAUAAUCUGGAGGACAUGGACAGAGAUGACCUAACUGAUGAUUCUGUCUUCACCCGAAGCUCCCAGUGCUCUCGGGGUCUUGAGCGAUAUAUUUCCCAGGAGGAGGGGCCUCUCAGUCCUUUCUUGGGACAACUUGAUGAGGACUACCGAGCAAGAGAAACUUUCCUGCAUCGAUCUGAUUAUAGUUCCCAUGUCAGUUGUCAUGAUGAGCUGUUGCGGGGAACAGAACGGAAUAGAGACAAACUCAAAGGUUCCUACUCUAUACGAUCUGAGGAAAGGAGCCGGGAAGCCAAAAGACCCCGUUAUGAUGACACGGAGAAGAUACACAGCAUGGGAGGGGAUCACCCAAGUUUUACAUCAGGGACCCGCAACUAUCGACAGCGCAGACGAAGCCCAAGCCCUAGCCCUAGAUUUCUAGAUCCUGAGUUUCGAGAGCUGGAUCUUGCCAGGCGAAAGCGAGAAGAAGAGGAGGAACGAAGUAGGAGCUUGAGUCAGGAGCUGGUGGGAGUUGAUGGUGGUGCUACUGGCUGUUCCAUCCCUGGAUUGUCAGGUGUCCUAACAGCGUCGGAGCCAGGAUAUUCUUUGCAUCGACCUGAGGAAGUAUCUGUGAUGCCCAAGAAGUCCAUUCUGAAGAAACGGAUUGAGGUGGACAUGGAGCCUUCCAUACAGGUUGAGAGUUUUUCCAGCAAUACCAGCUCCAGCCAGGAUCACCCUCUCUACUCUGGACACCCAUCUCUUCCACUAAGUGGUGCUAUUGCUGCUUUUGCCUCAGAGAUUGAAAACAAGGGGACUAUGGUAGAGACUGCCCUUAAUAAGGAACCUCAGGGCAGCCUUUACCAAUGGGGUCCCCUCCCUGGGAUGCCCAAAGACAACAGUCCUCUCAGAGAAAAAUUUGGAAGCUUUCUGUGUCACAAGGAGAAACUGGAUUUGAAGGCUGAGGGACCUGAGCGACACACAGACUUCUUGCUGCCCCAUGAGAGAGCUAGCCAGGAUGGCAGUGGUUUUUCCCGCAUUCUGAGCAUGUUAGCUGAUUCUACCAGUACACAGGAAAAAAGGCGACGUAGCUUCCCUGACAUUGAGGAUGAGGAAAAAUUUCUCUAUGGGGAUGAAGAAGAGGAUUUAAAGAUAGAAUCCCUACCAAAGCCCCUUGGGGGCUCUGAGAGUGAUGUUAUGCGGCAAAAGGCAAGCUCUCUGCCCUCUUCUGCUCCAGCUAUAAAGCUGGAAUCACUAGAAGAGACCAACCCAGAAUAUGCCAAGAUUCAUGACUUGCUCAAGACCAUUGGGCUGGAUAUUGGAGUAGCAGAGAUUAGUAAGCUGGCUGCACGCACCCAGGAACGACUUCAUGGCAAGAAGCCAUCAUCACGCUCUUCAGCUGACCGCCAUUCUUCAGUUGACCGACACUUUUCAGCUGACCGCUGUUCCUCAGUUGACCAUCGUUUCUCAGCUGAUCGGCAUUCCUCAGAUCCUCACAGAGUAGAGAACAGGGAGACACACCAUAGUAAUACCCACUCCCCAGAGGUGUCCCAUCCACACCCUGCCUCCCCUGUGGAUCCUUACUUGCUCACAAAAAAUAGUCCCCCAUUUCUAAAAUCUGACCAUUCAUUGGGUCAUAUUUCAGGACCAGAGUUGGUUGGCAGCGGAUUUCAGUCAUCUGUUGCAGUCAGGUGCAUGUUGCCAUCAGCUCCAUCGGCCCCAAUUAGGCUUUCACAUUCUACUUCUUUAUCUCAGUUUCAUGUGCCAAGGGCCUCUCAGUUUGCUGCAGCUCGGAUACCUCCAAACUACCAGGGACCUGCCAUUUCCCCUGCCUCCUUUGAUGCCUAUAGGCACUACAUGGCAUAUGCAGCCUCAAGAUGGCCCAUGUACCCUGCCUCUCAACCAUCAAACCAUCCUCUCCCUGAACCACAUAGGAUAAUGCCAGCAACCAAACAAGCUACUCGUAGCCGACCCAAUCUCCGUGUGAUCCCCACUGUGACUCCUGAUGAGCCCAAGCAGGAAGAGUCAGUGCUAGGCUCAAUUCCUGCAGCCCAAGUGCCUGUCCAGGUGUCCAUCCCAUCGCUCAUAAGAUAUAAUCCAGAGAAGAUCUCUGAUGAGAAGAACUGUGCUUCCCAGAAGCAGAAGGUUAUUGAAGAGAGGGAAAAACUAAAGUGUGACCGGGAAGCCCGUCAGAAGAAGAUGUACUAUCUCAGGACUGAGUUGGAGCGGCUUCAUAAACAACAAGGGGAAAUGCUACGCAAGAAACGAAGGGAAAAGGAUGGCCACAAAGACCCACUUCUAGUGGAGGUGAGUCGGCUUCAGGAUAACAUUAUGAAGGACAUCGCAGAGCUACGACAAGAAGCAGAAGAGGCAGAAAAGAAGCAAUCUGAACUGGACAAAGUAGCUCAGAUCUUGGGAAUUAACAUCUUUGAUAAAUCCCAGAAAUCUUUAAAUGACAAAGAGCCUACUGAGAAGCCUGGGAAAGCAGAAAAAUCCAAGAGCCCAGAAAAAGUGUCAUCAAACUCUUCCAACAGCAAGGAAUCAAAGGUUAAUAAUGAGAAGUCCCGUACUAAGAGCCCCAAGCCUGCGGAAAGCCCCCAACCAGUCACUAAGCUGUCUGAUCAGCCCACUGCUGCUUAUGAGUAUUAUGAUGCUGGCAAUCACUGGUGCAAAGAUUGCAACACCAUUUGUGGGACCAUGUUUGACUUCUUCACCCAUAUGCACAAUAAGAAGCACACACAGACACUGGAUCCCUACAACAGACCUUGGGCUUCAAAGACCCAGAGUGAGGCCAAGCAAGAUGCUGUAAAGCGCACUGACAAGAUAACUGUUCCUGCAAAAGGCUCUGAGUUUCUGAUUCCUGUCACUGGAUUUUACUGCCAGCUCUGUGAGGAAUUUUUGGGGGAUCCAAUUUCUGGGGAGCAACAUGUGAAGGGUCACCAACACAAUGAGAAAUACAAGAAAUAUGUAGAUGAAAACCCAUUGUAUGAGGAGCGGCGGAAUCUGGACCGCCAAGCUGGCUUGGCUGUGGUCCUAGAGACAGAACGGCGACGGCAGAGUGAGCUAAAGCGCAAACUUAGUGAGAAACCAAAGGAGGAGAAGAAAGAAAAAAAGGCAAAGGUAAUGAAAGAACUAAAGGAGGAUGACAAAGUCUCUGAGGAAUUAGAAGAACAACUCUCUGAGGGUAGGAACUCCCCCGAAAAAACUGAAAAUAAAAGAAAUGCUAGCGUCAAACUCCAAUUAAAAGAAGAAGUAAAGAAGGAAUCACCAGCAUCAUCAUCUUUUGGGAAAUUCAGUUGGAAGAAACCAGAAAAAGAAGAGGAGAAAAGUUCACUGGUGGCCCUAAGUAUCCCUAAAGAAGAGAUUGUAGAAAGUAGUAAGGACAAAGAGGAUGGCAAAGCUGAAGCUGGGAAGGCAAAGCCCAUCAAAAUCAAGCUCUCUGGGAAAACUGUUGUUGCACAUACGAGCCCUUGGAUGCCUGUUGUGACAACUUCAACGCAGACUAAGAUCCGACCCAACCUGCCUAUCCCAUCCACAGUACUCCGCAAGUCAGGUUCAGCCACCGUGAGCAAGCCAGCUCCUCUUAACACCUUUCUGUCCAUCAAGUCCUCUGGAACCACUGCUAAGCCUCUGCCAGUGGUUAAAGAGUCUUCUGCUGAUCUCCUCUUGCCUCCAGACAUCAUCUCCAAAGCAUUUGGAGGGGAAGAGGUGAUCCUAAAAGGGUCUCCAGAGGAAAAAAUGGUGUUGACUGAAAAGAAUGAGCCAUCCCAUAUACCUGAGCAAAUGCUCCCACCUCCUCCACCCCCCCCACCCCCACCUCCUCCACCCCUCCCAGUUAUACCUCAUCCAGCUGCCCCAUCUCCUGCUCAAGCAAAUGAUGUCUUGACUCCAGUAAAAUCAAACCCAGUUGUAUCUCAUACUCUCGGCCCUGGCUUCGUGGGUCCUAAGGUUUUGAACCCAGUGUUGCCUAUAGCCUUUAUGGCCUCAGCACAGCCAGCUGCCAUUCCUUCUGAUGAAACAGCUCCAGGGGUGAGUGAGAGUGAUCGGGAUCAGACCUUAUUUUCUGUGUUAGUACGUCCUCCACCACCCCUCUCAAGUGUGUUCAGUGAACAAGCCAAAAAAUUGGAGAAGCGAAAUUCUUGUUUAGCCACAGCCAAUGCUAAGGACCUGUAUGACAUAUUCUACAGUAGUGGUGGAAAGGGGACCCCUGAGACUAAGCUGAGUAGUGGUCUGUUGGCCAACGGGGAAAACAGCAAUCUCUCUAGAACUGAAAGUUCAGACACUUCUGUCACUUCUCCUUUGAACAGCAGAACAUCACAAGAGGAGUUGCAUCAAGAUAGGGGUUUGGUUACUGCUCCUGUAGUCAGCAACUCUGAAAAGCUCAUUGCAAAAAUUCCAGUGUCCCUAGGGAAAUGGUCAGUUGUACACCCAAAAAGGAGAGGCAGCAGCUUUCUACAGCCUCUGACAAGGUUGUGCCAAAGCAGGUCUUAUGAAAGUAAUACCCCAAAGACAGACUCUCUGCCCGUGUGGACUUCUAGCUCCUUCCAGAGUGAAACUAAAAGGGAUUUAUCUCCAGAGGGGAAAAUUGAGCUUGACCUGGGAGAGCCAGGGCCACCUGGUGUAGAACCAGCUCCUCAGCUGUUAGAUAUACACCAUUAUACCAAGGAAUCUCAGAAGUUGGUAGAAAUCCACCUCAGAGAAUCUAGUAACCAGGAGAAGGAAAGCCAAGAACUCCGCCAGUCUGAGGAUUGUAGAGAAAGUGAGGUAGAGACAAACAGUGGACUAAAAGGAAAGGUAACAGUGCUCUCUGAGGGGAUGGUUGAAGAGGAAGCAGGUAUUGUUAGGCCCCACCACAUAAAAGAUUCUAACUUGAACCAUGGGAACAGAUACAUGUGGGAGGGAAAAGUAAAACAGCCCAAGUUGCUAAUAAUUAACAAAGAGGCUGAACAGUCCACAAAAUUGAUGACAGGAAAUGAAACUCCAAGUAAAGUAGUGAUUGAAUUAAGUGCACAGGCUCUUUCAUCCACAAGGGCAAAAAAAGACUUAUUUUCUUCUGAAGCUAGGUCCUUACUCCAGAACUCACAAGAUAUACCUGUGAAAAUUUCUACUCCAGAAUUGCUUCUUCAGUCCCCAGCCAGAUCAGCUGUGUGUUUAACAGAUCGUUCUGAGAAAGGAGUUUCAGCUGGUAGUGAGGAGUGGCUAGAAAAUUCAGCUCCAGAAUCAGUUUCUAGAACUUCUAGAUGUGGAAGCCUCAAACUCAAGAGAGAAAGUUCAAAAGACUUUCAAGGUAAAAAGAUCUAUGAGCUGGCUGUUCGGGAUGAAAACAAGAAUAGGCCUGAGACCUGGGAAAGCCCAGAGAAACCAGAAGUGGAAACCCUGGAGCUACAAGAUGCCCAUUCAAAAUUAACAGGGACAAUAGAAAGCAAGACCUUAGAAGACCUUGAAGCUACAGACUUAAAAGUAGAGGAACUUGCUGCCUUGGGAAAUCUGGGGGAUAUGCAUGUUGAUUUCUGCAAUACUCGGGCAGACCCAGCACAUAGAUCCCCAACUGCCCUGUUUCAGAAAGUGUGUGAAGAAAAUACAGUAUCAUCUACAGGGUGUAAUUCCUCUACUUCCUCUGAGUUUGAACCAAUAUCAUCUUUUUCUGGCUUUCCGUUAGAUUCUCCCAAAACCUUGGUGCUUAACUUUGAGACAGAAGGUAAGCAAAUCUCAUCUAAUCCAAGAAGUGUCAGAAUCACUUCUAACAUUUUGAAAACUGGACUUCCUAUAGAAAAUGUUGACUGUAGCUUGGGAGCCUUAGAGGGAACACAUCAGGCCCUUGACCUGUUAGCAGGAGGAGUGAUGCCUGAUGAAGUAAAAGAAACUUCCCGAUUAGAGAAACAAGAGUCACUCAGAUUGGAAUCAGAAAUAAUUACUCCUACAGGCCUUGGGCCAUCUCCUUGCCUUCCAGACCUUGUUGACUUUGUUACACGAACAUCUGGAGUUCAAAAAGAGAAACUCUGUUCUCCACUUUCUGAGCCAGGAGACCCUCUUAAGUGUAGUUCCCUGGAGAUGGGCCCACUACAACUAGAGAUACCGAAUGCAUCCAUUAUAGACAUGGCAAUUCCUCAAGUAGGUGAUGACAACGGCAACCCUUUGAAUUUGGUAAAAACUCCAGCUUCACGGUCCCCUCCAAGGGAGCAGGUAGUUGGAGGUAUUAUGGUCCCUCAGGAAAUCCCUGAAGAAGAAACUACAGUUAACGCCAUCCAGGACCACACAGAAUCCAGUGUUCACAAAUAAGAGUUAACACCCAGAGCUACUUGUGGAUGAAUCAAAUUGGCUUCUAGAAAUCAGAUGCCCAGAUGAUCCAGGACUGGUUUGCUAUCUCAUCUGGAACCUACGCCAAGAGAUGCAGUCAGCAUCUUACAGUAAAACGUUUGUGGAAGCUAACAGAAAUUUACCUCCCUUUUUCCUUUCCCUUUAAAAUAUCAGACAAAUCAAUAACUUCUAUACAUAACUGUAAAAAGUAUUUUCUGUUAAUUUUUUUUUUUGGCCAAUUUAUUUUCUCCUACUUUGUCAUUAAAAUCAAACAUCUAUCUGGCUCAACACACAGUGUGCUUUGAUUGUAUUUUGGCUUUGACUCUGCCAUUUCUGGAAUGUGGGGGAGGAGGGAGACAGAGAGCUGACCUCUCCAGUUGCUGUGUUGUAUUCCUACUCAAUUUCCGGGGCAGCUGACGGAUCUCUGGGGGAAACACCAGAAGGUUUGCUGAAAUGGAAAGCCUGAAGGAAGAAUUAUUUAUCUCUUUGGCUUCCAUUUGGAUAGGCCUGCCUUAACAUAGUUUCAAAUGCACCGUGAGUAGCUCUUUUGUUUACUGUUUACUUCCCUUAUUGGCAUGUCAACUCCUGUACUUCCCUUACUGUGUUGCCUUCCUUUGAGAUGGUUCUGCUAACCCACAAACCUGUUUGGAAAUGACCUCAGUAAACAUGGAAGGAAAUCUGGCAGGCUCACUUUUAGAAGACAACAAAUCGGUAAGGCUUAUUUGUGGCUCAAUGCCAAGAGCAGAUAUGCUUUUGGGAUAACUUUUAUUUUUGAAAUGGACUUUGUUUAUUGUAUUGUGAUCCAGUAACAUUUUGUAUUAAAUUGUUUAGCAGCCAUUUCUGUUCUGAAGAAGUAGAAGAUCUGAAACUUGUUUUGGGAUCGGACUCAUUCCCUGUUCCACAAACCCAUAUGUAUCCUUUCCUUUACCUCCUCCUUUCCCAGUUUAUUUCCACUGUAGAGUGAUGUUUUGGGUUGUACAUUUUGUUAAAAAGAUUAAAGAAUUUAUGAGUUGGCUUGGACAAGUUUAUUUUUAAUGUAUUAAUUGGAAUAAAUGCAUUAAUCUCA